AUGGAGCCUACUGUCGGAGACAUCGCCGGAGAUAUCGCCGGAAACAGAGCCAGAAACAGAGAGUCACACGUCAUACCAGUGACCACCAAAAAUUUGAUAGCUCAAAGUCUGCUACAGUCGAGCCAUUUAGGUAAUGUGCCAUAUGGAGGUUUUCAGAAGGCAGCAAAGGAGUUUGGAGUGACCCGGAAGACAGUCUAUACGAUCUGGUUAGAGGCCAAAAAACAGAUCCAGGGUGGACUACCUGUCAACAUAAGAGACCGUGUUAAAGGCUUCAAGCACAAAGAUGAAAUUCAGCUUGAUACUAACAAGGUAAGAUCUCUUUCAAUCCUUGAAAGAGGUACCAUCCGUAAGAUGGCUGUGAAGCUUGAGUUAAGCAAGACUACCGUAGGCAGGAUGGUGAAAGAUGGUAGGCUCAGGCCACACACAAAUGCAGUUAAGCCACUACUUACUGCCCCAAACAAAUUAGCAAGAAUGAAAUGGGGUCUCACUCAUGUUCAACCAGUGGUGUUCAAUGGUAUGCUCAAAUAUCACACAAUGCACAAUAUAGUGCACAUUGAUGAGAAGUGUUUUUUCAUGACUAAGACUACGGAUAGAUACUACCUGCUGCCAGAUGAAGAAGAGCCAUAUAGAUCAUGUAAGUCAAAAGGAUUCAUCACGAAGGUCAUGUUUAUGUGUGCUGUGUGUAGACCAUACAUUGCAGAAAAUGGAGAAGUCAUAUUUGAUGGAAAAAUAGGCAUUUUUCCAUUCACUACUAAAGAGCCAGCAAAGAGAGGUUCCAAGAACAGACCAAGAGGCACCUUAGAGACAAAGCCCAUUCAAUCAGUGAACAAGGAAGUCAUGAGAGAAUGCCUCGUUCAAAAGAUCAUACCAGCAAUCAAGGCUAAAAGGCCAAAGAAUAUAAGCAAGGAGAUAUUCAUUCAACGAGACAAUGCCAGGACACACAUAAACCACAAUGAUGCAGAAUUUCAAGCAGUAGCAAAGACAGAGGGUUGUCUUACUGAGAUAUUGAAGGUGGAAGGGGGAAAUGGCUACAAAACUCCACACAUGAAAAAAGAAAGGUUAUCAAGGCUGGGGAUACUUCCAAUCACUUUGGAGGUUGAGGAAGAGAUUGUCAAGCCUGCUGUGGCAUACCUUCAACAACCUGAUAAUGAUGUCAGCACAUCAUAUGACAUCUCAGGUAUCAGUAGAGCUGUAGGCUUCUAA